AAGAAGAAGAAGAGUAGACCACCACAAUCCACACAAAACACAAUCAACGCCGCCUCCAAAAGCCCUUUUCUCUCUUUCUCAAAGCUUCAACAAUGGCUUCCUCUUCUUCUCUCUUCCACGCCUCUCUCUCCUCCUUCAUCGACCCCAAACCCAAACCCAAUCCCAGUCCCAGUCCCUUCUACCGUAACCCCGUAGCCAAACACCGCCCUUCCCCCAUCAUCACCUGCACUUCCACCGCCAGCAACAACAACUCUCCUCCUCCGGCGGCGCCGAAGCUCCGGCGAGCGGUGGAAGAGAACAUAAGGGACGAGGCGCGGCGGCACCGGCCCUCCGACAAGGGUUUCUCUGCCAAGUACGUGCCUUUCAACGCGGGGUUCGACUCGGCCGAGUCGUACUCGCUUGACGAGAUCGUUUACCGCAGUCGCUCGGGGGGGCUCCUGGACGUGGAGCACGACAUGGAGGCGCUGGCGAAGUUCGACGGCGCGUACUGGCGACGCCUCUUCGAUUCGCGCGUGGGGCGGACAACGUGGCCGUACGGCUCUGGCGUCUGGAGCAAGAAGGAGUGGGUCCUUCCCGAGAUCGACGACGACGAUAUCAUCAGCGCCUUCGAAGGGAAUUCGAAUCUCUUCUGGGCCGAGCGUUUCGGCAAACAGUUUCUGGGCAUGAGCGAUCUCUGGGUCAAGCACUGUGGGAUCAGCCAUACUGGGAGCUUCAAGGAUCUGGGAAUGACCGUCCUCGUCAGCCAAGUCAAUCGCCUCCGCAAAUUGAAGCGCCCCGUCGUCGGAGUCGGCUGCGCCUCGACCGGAGACACCUCCGCCGCUCUCUCGGCCUACUGCGCCUCCGCCGGGAUCCCUUCCAUCGUUUUUCUCCCCGCGAACAAGAUUUCGAUGGCGCAAUUGGUCCAGCCAAUCGCCAACGGGGCCUUCGUCCUCAGCAUCGACACCGAUUUCGACGGCUGUAUGAAGCUGAUCAGGGAAAUCACGGCUGAACUUCCGAUUUACCUGGCGAAUUCGCUCAACAGCUUGAGGCUGGAAGGGCAGAAGACGGCGGCGAUUGAAAUUCUGCAGCAAUUCGACUGGGAAGUCCCCGAUUGGGUGAUCGUCCCUGGCGGUAAUCUCGGCAACAUUUAUGCGUUUUACAAGGGAUUCAAAAUGUGCAAAGAAUUAGGCCUUGUUGACAAGAUUCCCAGGCUGGUUUGCGCUCAGGCGGCGAAUGCGAAUCCGCUUUAUCUGCAUUACAAGUCCGGUUGGAAGGAAUUCAAUCCGGUGAAGGCGAAUUCGACUUUUGCGUCGGCGAUACAGAUUGGAGACCCGGUUUCGAUCGACAGAGCCGUGUACGCUCUCAAGAACUGUGAUGGCAUUGUUGAGGAGGCAACCGAGGAGGAAUUGAUGGAUGCAAUGGCCCAAGCUGACUCGACGGGGAUGUUCAUUUGCCCGCACACCGGAGUCGCAUUGACGGCGCUGAUUAAGCUUAGGAAGAGCGGGGUUAUCGCGCCGGGUGAUCGGACGGUGGUGGUCAGCACGGCUCAUGGGUUGAAGUUUACGCAGUCGAAGAUCGAUUACCACUCAAAGGUGAUCCCGGAGAUGGAAUGCCGGUUCGCGAAUCCGCCAGUGGAGGUGAGGGCGAAUUUCGGGGCCGUCAUGGAUGUUCUCAAGGACUUUUUGAAUAAGCCUCCCAAGUGCAAAGCAUAAGUGAAGAGAAGUUACUUGCUUGUGGAAUAAAGAUUGCAACUUUAGCAGAAAAUGAAAGGAAUAAAGAAGAAGAGAAAAGGGUUAUUUCUGUUUGUACAUGUUGCUUCGUGAUAUUUGGUAAUGAGUCUCUACUUUUUAAGAGAUUGUCUGGCUAAUUAUCUUGGUGCUUGGCCUUUUAAGAUUUCACUGGCACUUCCCAAAUUCAUGGGGUGGUUUGGCUGCAUUGAGAUAAUUCCUAUGGUGUUGUCAUGUCAUGAAUAUGCUUAAAGAUUCUAGUGGUGGUUUGUCAUCUCAUAGAAAAAGUUUUUUCUGUCGUGGUGGAAUGUGGGAAUGAUUUAAGAAAAAUGAAUUUUGUGGUUUUAGGA